AUAAAAGACUACGUGCUGCAGUGCAGUGGUUUUACAAGGUGUUUCACGGCCAUAAAUGCGCAGCCCGAGGAGUCAAAGUUAGUCGCUCAGCAGCUUUCUCCUUGCAACAAGAAGUGAACAUCAAAAUCGGGUUGGCAAAACUAGUCAGACCGCCACAUGAUGGAGAACUACACCAGCCCAGUCAGCAGCUUUCCCCACAGCCGGGAAACAGCCCUCCUCAGGACAGCAGGCGUUGCAGGAAACCCUUACUUGGCCGCCGGACUUCUCCUCGGCUACUUCCUGCUCGGUCUCGCCAGUGUCAGCUGGGCCUUUCGUUCCCAUCGCAGCAGCGCCAACGUUUUCAAGCAAAGCAUCACCCUGUGCCAGCACAGCCGCCUCAACGGUGUUCAAAUUGUCCACAACAGUCUUUUUGCUUUGCUUUUCAUUGAAGGUUUUUCUGCGGUCAUAGCAGUCAUCUUGGCGAUCAUGUUGGUCACGUCUGCUUGCAACCAUGGUCUCACCUGUGCCUACAUCUUCAGCGCGUGGUUCCUGUUCAGAUGCUACGUGGUGGUUUUACAUCUCCAAAGCGCCCUGGUGUCCAUCUUUUACCUGUGCCACCCAGAGUGGGGAGCCAAACUGCGCUAUGUCAGCAAAACAGUGGCUGUGUUUUUAUCCAUCUUUGUGGUUUUUUAUGUGUUCUUCGGCCAGAUCGCGACUUUCCUGCUGGCAGUUAUUGUGUUCGGAUUGGCUCUGGCCAUCAUUGUAAAAUGUGCAGUGUCAUCUGUGUCCCUUGCUGCUCCCGCUGCUUCUAAGAAACCGUUUGUGUUUGUGGCCAUGUUCACGUUCUUGUUUGUCUAUGCCCCCACUUUUGUUCUUCAGUGCCUCAUAAUCAGCUCAGCAAACUCCUGGGAGACCACUGAUAAGUAUCUCAUAGUUUAUGUGAAUGUUCUGUUUUUCACCAACUUCCAUCUCUUACUGGAUGGACUCCUGAGUUUUUUUAUCCUGAAGCUGCCCACUGGAGAGGGACAACAACAGCUAAGCUAAGACAUGUCUGCAGAUGAUGUAUAUGUAAAUGUAUGUAUGUAAUGAUGUAUGUCGCACCAUGCAAGUAUCCAAUCAACAGCUUCAAAUCACAUCUAUGAUCUGUACUUCCAUGCUUUGGCGAAUAAAUGAUUCAUACCUGGCUAAAGAUUUGGAAUCAGUCCAGUAAAUCGAUCCAGAUGGCAGCGGUGACAUGGCUGUACUGUUUAGGUAACAAGUUUUG